AUGUUGAUCGAUGAUUGGAAACGAAACAUUAUCUUGAUCAAUACCGUAUUCUCCUUCGUCUCCAACACGAUUCUCCUCUAUUUCAUCGUCAAAUAUUCACGAAGACAUAUUGGUGGAUAUAGAUAUUUGUUGGCUACCUUUGCAAUCUUUAAUAUUGUUUUUUCAACUGUUCAAGCAGCUGUGAUUCCGGUUUUCCAUAUCUAUCACCAAGGCUGGGUGGUCUUCCCAGCCGGUCAGCUUUUCCUUCGUGAUCAAAAUUUUGGAUAUUUUGGCCUUGUACUUUAUUGUCAGAUGUACUGUCUGUGUCUUGUACUCUUGAAUUAUCAUUUUGUUUACAGAUAUAUCUUGAUUUGCCAUGACGAAUAUAUGUACUUGCUGAGAAAUCGCUACAGUGCUUUGGUUCUUUUGGGAAUUUGGCUGAUGAAUGGAGUGGUUUGGGGAAUUGUUUGUCGAUUCACAAUGUAUCACUGGGAUGAGACAAAGAACUACAUGAGAGCCUCACUACUAAAGUCUUACAACAUCGAUGCCGACAAGAUCGCUAUGCUUGGCCCAAUCUAUUUUCACCAAAAUGCGGAUGGGAUUUCAUCAGCAAACUGGAUCUCUUGUCUCGGUUCAAUAUAUUGUGUAACGCUUAUGGUUUUUUGCUUUGGAACAAUAGUUUUUUGCUCAUUACGGAUCAAUAGUGUGCUGUUGAAGAGUCGGAUGAGCGAUCGAGCAAGAAGGCUACAGAAAGAUUUAUUCAAAGCAUUGGUUAUUCAAUUCUUGGUGCCAGCAUUUAGCGAAUUUCUCCCGGGAACUGUGAUGUUCACGAGUCCCCUUUUUGGCAUUUCUCUUGAAAAAGUUGCCAGUCUUGCAGCCGUCCUUGCCUCUUUCAAUUCCGUUCUCGAACCCCUUUUUCUUCUCUAUUUUGUCAAAGAUUAUCGAUAUGCUUUUAUGAAAAUGACUGGACAAAGAGACAACAGUGGCACCUAUUUUGCAUCGGAAACACAUGAGAGAGUCGAUCGAAGUCUUUCAAAUGUUCUCAAAAAGGAACAACGGCAAGUGACAAGUUCUUCUACAUCAAAA